AUGUCUAAUAAUUUGCUUGAAAAUAUUAGCGAAAAUAAAUCAGUAUCUAUCGUGAUAAUUCAGCGUAUUCAAAAGAAAAUUGAUAAUAUUAAGGAUUUUAUCAGAUUUCAUAAAUUAAGACUAACUAUUGAGGAAGUACUUGAAUAUGAAAAUAAACAAGAGAUAAUAAGUAAUCUAGAUCCAUCUUGUAUUGAGUGUUAUCUGAUAACAAAACAACCUUUAGAAGCAUUUGAGAAUUUUUGGUAUUUCUGGAUAGUUUAUGCAAUAAAAAGAGAACAGUUUAAUAGUAUAACUAUUAGAGCUUUUGAAAAAACAUUUACAUUAGAAAAAAAUUUAGAAGCAUUAGGAAAGUGCUUUGAAUUGAUUAUACAAUCAAUUAGAUAUCAACUACUUACUCAGAAACCUUUAGAAACAUCACUUGCAGACUUAAAGAGUGAAUUUGAAACAUCAAUAAAAUCAAAAACUAACUCUAAAAGUAAUUCAAAAGAAACUUCUAGAAGAACAUCUCGAAAGUCUUCAAAAUUAUCAAAAAUAAACGGAGAUACAUUCAAUAUAAGUACUUCAACAUCUGUGGAUACACCUUUAGAAGAUAAGAGUGCAAAUAAUCCAAACUCUUCAAGAAAACAAAUAAAAUGGAAUGAUUUGCUAAAAGAAAUUAAAGAAUUUAAAAAGAAAGAUUAUGAGGAUGAAUAUAUUAUUGAUGCUUAUUUUGCUAAAGCUAAAGUUUUUGAAAGGAAAAUUAAUGUGAUAAUCGAUAUAGGAGCUGUAGAAUGCAUCAUUACCAAAAGUUUCUUAGAUUCUGUAUAUAAAGAUAUUGAAGAAUCUACAAAUAUACAAAUAAUUAGUAUUACAGAGGCAAGAACAGCACCCUUAGGAAAAAUAUUAAAAGUAGGUGUAAAAAUAGGAAAGUUUGAGAUCAAAGAGGAUAUGAUAGUUACUAAAUUCUCUAAAUAUAAUAUUCUACUUAGAAAUAAUUAG